AUAUAAGAAAACUAUUAUAUUUAUUAAAUAUGCAUAAAAUUAUUAUUUUUAUAACUCCAGAAAAUACAGAAAGAAUUAAAGAGGAAUUAUUUAAAAGCUAUAUUGGUACCUCUGAAACAUACGAGCAUGUUUGCAUUCAAUCUAAAGUAACACAUUAUUACAAAUUACCAGCAAUUGCAAUACAAAAAAUGGAAUUGGAUAAAGUAGAAAUAUAUAUUUCUGAUGAAUCUAACCGUAUCUUUGGUGCACUUGAAUAUUUAAAAGGAAAUCUACCUGAUGAACACUCAAGUUAUGAACAUUACCAUCUUGAAGGUAACCAUGCAUUCAUAGGAACCAAUUAUAAAUAAAUUCUAAAAGCUUAAUAAAUAAAUAAAUAUCAAUAAAAAAAAAACCUAUGGCCAAAAUAAAAAAAUAAAAACCAAAUAAAAAAAUAAAAAAAAAUAAAAAAAUCAUUUUUCAUACCAGGUCAAU